AUGAAGUCAACCAUCUCAAGAUUGGAUGAAGAAGUUACAUAUUUAGAAAAUACAAAAGCUAGCCUGGAAAUGGAGAGGGAUAGCAUCUCUUCCAGUAUGAUAGAGGAGCGAGAAAAGUUUCAUAACGAAUGUUCAGUACUGACAUCUUCAAUCUUAGAAUUACAGACCACAGUAACAAACUAUGAAGGCAAGAACAAUGUCUUGAAUAAAACUGUACUAGAACUGCAAUCUAAAAAUGCUCAUUUAGAAAAUGAUAUGAAUAUCAUUUCUUCCCAGCUAGAUGCUGAGAGAGUCAAGUCAGCAAAAAAGAAUUUUGAGCUUAAGUCGACCAUAUCUGCAUUGCAAGAAGAAUCUCAGUCAGAAAAAGACCAAUUGAAAAUGACCAUAUCUGCAUUGCAAGAAGAAUUUCAGGCAGAGAAAGACCUAUUGAAAAUGACCAUAUCUGCAUUUCAAGAAGAAUUUCAGGUAGAGAAAGACCAGUUGAAAAUGACCAUAUCUGCAUUACAAGAAGAAUCUCAGGCAGAGAAAGACCAGUUGAAAGCUGCCGUAUCAGAAUUACAGAACGACACCAUAGAAUUCAAAGAGAAAUUAGAUUACACUAAGCAAGAGUGUCAAACUGUUUUGUCUCAACUGCAUAAAGAAAGGGAGUCUCUAAACUCAUACAAAUUAGAAAACUCACAGAACUAUUUUGAAUAA